GUUUACCCGUAUAAUGCUGAUUCAUGGUUUAAAUAUACGGAGUUCACGUAUAUGUUUAUAUAAAACAGAUCAUAAAAUAUCACGUUUUAUAUAAAGGUGAACAAAAGCUGGAACAUACUGACUUUUCUAAUUUUUAAUUAUGGAUUUAAGAGAAUGGAUUAUCGUUGUUUUAUUUUUCUUACAAGAGUUUGUGAAGGACGUUUCGGCAACAACGUGCAGUUACAUGUCUUCCACCGGAGUCAGAAAAUAUACUUUUUGUAUGCAGAAAUGUUGUGAUGAGGCAAAUAGAAGUUACACUAAUGUUUGUUGCACGUAUGACGAUGAAAAACAAGUAUAUCUCGGUGCUGGCAUGGCAACUUUGAUCGUCCUUGCCAUAUUUUCUAUCUGUUUUACAUAUGUAUGUUGUAAGCAACGAAUUCGGCAACUGCAAAACCGCUGUCGGACAGGAGAACCGCCCAGAAGAACUCAACAAGAAGCAUUACCCACGGUCAGUUUGCAGGUGGAACCAUUACAGCCGCCGGCUUACGAGGCCUUACCGCCACCUUAUUAUAGUGUUGCGCAGGGAACCAGCAAUAAAAAAGAACAAUCCUCUUUUCACGAUGAACCUCCGCCAGCUUAUACGCCGUGAAUUUUUGUGAUAGAUUUAAUCUGAGUCCAUGAUUUCUUUGAUAUGCGAUAAUAAUGAAACAAGACAAGGGCCACAGACGGGAAAUGAGUAUAAUAACACUUUUAAGCGUUUGCGACAAAAUAACGAGGAUGAGAUGGUCAACCAACUGAAAAAUAAAGGGUACAUUCGAAAUGGGGCAUAAAAGAACAAACAUAUUUGAAAAACUUACACCAUACAAACUGGUUCGUAUAAGGCCAGGUACAGAUUUUGGCGAAAUCAGAGUAACCUUUUUACAGCAAUCAAAUUACCACAUUGUACUUUAGAAAUGUGAUCUAGUUUAAUAGUUAUAUAUAAGGUUAAAUGAUGCUUGCUGUAUUUCGUAAAAAAAUAUGUUGUAUAACCAUAGGUAAAUGGGUCAAAUGUUUAAGCAUGUGCCUCUGUGUUUGCUUUAGAAAAUGAAUGUUUAAACAUGUGCAUGUGCAUCUGUAUUUAGUUUAAAAGAUGAAAUGUUUAGACAUGUGCAUAUGUGUUUGUUUUAAAAGAUGAAAUAAUUAGACUUGUGCAUCUGUUGUUUUUUUUUUUUUUUGUUUAAACAUGCGCAUCUGUGUUUGGUUUAUAAGACGAAUUUACAUCUGUGUUUUGGUUUAAAUGUGUAUUUAUUAUACAGGAGUGUUCACAGAGUGUGUUAGAUAUAUUGACAGUAAAACUGUUCUGUUUUUCAUGAUAAAAACUAUUUAUUUCAUUAUGUUACUUUUAUAUAAUAAAAUUUAUUUUCAA